AUGCCCAAGCUUACUCCCACAGGUCAUCGUACGGUCCCUCUCUCGCUGAUUCAGCGUCAGAUACAAAGAACUGGCUCCCCCAGUGCUAAAGCUGCCGCUGCAAAGGCUGCAGGAGCCCAACUAUUGGCAGGAUCAUUCAAAGACCUUGGGUCGAUGUUCUCUCUAUUACAGUCUUCAGAAGAUGAUGAAUUGGAGAUUAAACAACGUGCGGAGGCGAAUUUGUCAAUGGUAAGGUCUGGUGAGGCAGAACAUGUGUUGCGCCAGAAAUAUUGUGUGCGAGAUGGCGAGCCAUGUAGUGCAAAUUUACUGCUCGCCAAGUUCCCUGGAACCAGAGAUGAACAAGACUUGAUCCAGAUAGGUGUGUCGGAGAUGAAUUCACGUGUCUGGAAGGAGGUACCCGAUGUGUGGAAACAAAUUGCAUAUUUUCAGGCUUUUGGCCCUUGGGGACCUCGUAAGGGAAUCUCGUUUACAGGUAAACCAGAAGACUUCUUUGCCAAGGACAAGAAACAACUCUGGUCGUGUACGAAGUUUAGGCAGCAGGAUCUCACUAAGAUGAAUCAGUUAAUAGACCCAAUUUCUCGGUGGAUUCUAUUUGCGGGUGCAGUGCUGUCUUCCAUCGCUAUUAUAAUGGAUCUAAAGCGCCGCAGGCAUUCCGACGACGCGAUGGUAACGGUCCUUGACGACCUGUAUAUCGAAAGCAAAACAGACUAG